GCCAGCCUCGACCAGCGUGCGGCGCAAAGGGGACAGCGUGCCGCCUUGGUCAGAUGUGGCGGCCAAGGAUCGCGAGAUCGCGCAGCUCAAGGCACAGCUCAAGGCGGCCAGCGCCCCCGCCGUGGACGAGGGAGCCAGCGAAGCUGAUGACCCUCAGGGACGGCUCGCAGAGAUUGCUUCGCUCCUCCGUGCCUUGGGCACAAGCACCGACCCAGCCAUCAUGGGCGCGAGGGAGGCCCUGUCCAAAGAACGGGAGGCCAUCAAGCUGCGCAUCGUUGAGUCGAAGCCAUUCGCGGGCCAGCUUCACCACUAUACCACCCGCAUCGACGCGCUGGUGCAGGCGAAGGACAAGCGCCAGGCCGCGCUCCAGGACCUGCAGGAGCAGCGCAAGCGCCUGGAUGACAGGAUCACCGAGACAGAGGGCCAGAUCGCUGAGAUCACGGCCGAGGUGCAGGAGCUUGAGGCGCUGCGCUGGAAAGUCUCGGCCAAGGCACCUACGGCGGCACCUGGCGAGUGCUCCCUGCGCGCGCUCGUGCCCGCAGUCGACAUUUCGGUCGAAAAGAUGGGCGAGAUGCUCCAGGGCCUGGGCGCGGAUGACCAGCUCGCGCAGUCGGCGGCCACGGUCUUCAGCCAGCUGCGCGCACUCGCGGACAAGGCAGCUGCAGCAGGGUCGGACGCAUCUCCAGCACCAGGGCAACCUGAAGGAGGCAGCUCCAGUGAAGCUGCGGCUAGUGGACCCGCAGACAUGCCGUCGGCGGGACAGCAGCAGGAGGCGCAAGCCAGGCCUGUCCCCAUGGACACAGACGACCUGGACGAGUUGCGGGAGUUUCUGCGCAAUGCCACGGGCGAUGACCCGCCGCAGGAGGAGGCGCAGGUCAGGGAGGCCAUCAAGCGUCAUGACUCAACAAAUGUGGUGCUGGACGAAGCGGCCUACGGCCUCGCCUACCUGGUAAAGUUCAUGUUAGUCUUCUGGUUGGUGAAGUUUUGGACGGACAUCAACCUCGUCUACGACAUCCUGCUGAAGAUAGGGUACCACAGCGGUUGGCUAGGGCAAGUGCUGUCGAACAUCAUGGCGAUGACCAGCGACUCCCUGAGCUACAGAAUACAGCGCGCCAUCAUGGGUUUCAUGGAGUAUGGUGUGGCCAAGGAGCAGCGGUUGUUCGCGCAACUCAGUCGGGACCUUCAGGGUUUCUUCGCGCGGGUUGUACGUACUGGCUGGGUUGGGCCGCUGCUUGAUUAUGAAGAUCGAAUCCAGCUCCACAGUCUGCACGACAGGUUUUAUGAGCCUGACUUCCUAGACAGGAUAGACCAAGCCCUGGACAAGGUGAAUCGCGUGACGGAGGCCAUACGCAAGUUUGCUGGCAUCGAAUGGGCGCAGUGGGCCAAGCAGGCAUUUCAAAAUGGGGCUGGCAAAGCGCACAGGUACACCAGGGUGCGCGAGCUACAAGAGACGUUGCAGUAUGCCGAGAACGACCGUGGCCAACCGCACCACAUGGCAGACGAAUGCUUGGAUUUCUGGAAGGGUGUCUGGACCAUUCAUGAUGACACAGCGGUCGCCACGCCGGCAGGAGGGGCAAGUUGGCUGCGCUGCAACGGGGACGAGCUCAAGUUCAUACUCUGUGGCGCACGGGCCUGCUGCCCGCUGCUGCGCAUGGAGCUGGAGCUAGUUUGUCUCGACGCGGAGAAGGCCCAUUUGAAGGCCUGCAAAGCCACCUGGGGUUUCUUGGCGCGCGCGGUCCAGAUCAUUGGGGAGUACUCUAAGACGUUUGAGCCCCCAACGAUUCCAGUGUGCCAGUAUGCUGAGCGAAUCAAUUUGACGCUCAUAGAGCACGAGAUUUACCGACUGCCGAAGCGUGCGGAGUGUGGCACCAGCCUCGCCAAGGUGGACGGGCAUGACGCCGUAGCACGUACUCCGUCCGCGGGUCUUGCGGCCGCUGGGAGUUUGACCAUUUCGGCAACUGGGCUUGUUGCGAGUGCGGCGGCGAGUACCUUCCUGCGGGUGGUGCGCCUCGUGGUGAAGUCGUUCCUCGCCCCGGCGCUGCUGACCCUUUCGCUGCUGAGCUUCGGUCUUUGGCGGCGAAGUAUCCUCAUAUGGCGGGCGUCCUUGGUCAGAUCAAGGCCCCGCCGCCACCCACUCCCGUCCCUCGUGAACCUGUGUCGGGGAACUCCAUCGAGAAGCGUGCCUUGGCUCGGCACGCUGAGCUAUCUCGCGAGACGGAGGUGGCGACUCGUGAGGAGAGGGUGGCCCAAUCUGGUGUGCAACAGAAGCAUGAAGCCGUCGUCCGUCAUCGUGAAGCACUCGCGAAAGCGCAGGAGAAGUACGUCAAGUCUCAGCGGUGGCACGCGGAGGUUGCAGCGGCGUUGCGGGUGGCGACGGCGGCAACGGACGGAUUCGAUGAGACUGUGCUUCGUGCUGAGCUACGAGAGCAAAAAGGCGCGGAAGCAGAGGCUGCCGCAGCUGCGGCGGCUGCGGCGGGGGCUGAGGCAGCGCAGGUGGCGCCACAGCCUGUCCAGCCAGCGCAGGCCCAGCCUGCUCCUGCUCCUCAUGCAGAUCCUGUACGUGGUGAAGGGCAUGCUGCAGAUGGUCGUGCUGGUGCCGCUCCUGUCCCUACGCCUACUGUGCAGGCCCCCCCUGUUCCUGUUCUCACGGCUGCAGGCGCGGUGGACUUCGCGUGGGUGGAGGCCAACCUGCACGCGCUGGACGAAAGGGGACCUCGUGCGGUGCGAGGGCAGGUCUGCCAUCGGCGCCGAGCAGUGGAAUGCGAUGUUGGCGUGGGCCAAGGCCCAAGCUAAUGGUCGCGACGUGCAGAUGGAGCAGAAUGGCAGUGAGCGCGUUGCCGAGACUGGCCCCGACAUCCAGGACCCCGGGCGGCGCGGCAGUUUGGUCCAGAAGGCUGCCGAGGCCCGCGCAGGUGGCGCGCGCGAUGGAGUGGGCGCCCUGGCCCAGAAGGGCCUCUCGUUCCAGAGGCUAACGCAGGCACAGGGGCCGGCGUUCGAGCGUGGCUCCGCACCAGUCUCCCUGGAGGUGCCCCUGAGUUUGAUGAGCGGCUGCAGCCGGAUGAUCGCGCGACGGUGCAGCACCUGCAGGGUUCUAUGCUACGCAGUCGCUGCGCACGUCGGUUUCGAGUCCCAGGCUGUUCAUUGGGACACGGAGCGUGCGUUCGACAGCGUGGUGGUUCCGCUGCUCGUGCAGUUCGAUGUGAAGUGGGCCACGUCUUCUGGCGCGCUGGACCUCGAGGGCCCUGGUUUCGAGUUGUUCCUGGAUAAGUGCGCGAAGGAAGCGGUCUCCAGGCGUUGCCUACCGACUCUGAGCGGCGCCAGCGCCUGCGGGGUGCUGGCCACUCUG